AUGGACGCUAACCGCCCGGGCGCGUUCGUGCUGAGCAGCGCGCCGCUGGCCGCGCUGCACAACAUGGCCGAGAUGAAGACGUCGCUGUUCCCGUACGCGUUGCAGGGCCCGGCCGGCUUCAAGGCGCCCGCGCUGGGCGGCCUGGGCGCGCAGCUGCCGCUCGGCACCCCUCAUGGCAUCAGCGACAUCCUGGGGCGGCCGGUGGGCGCGGCGGGCGGCGGCCUCCUGGGCGGCCUGCCCCGUCUCAACGGGCUCGCCUCGUCGGCCGGCGUCUACUUCGGGCCUGCGGCCGUGGCGCGCGGCUAUCCCAAGCCGCUGGCCGAGCUGCCCGGGCGCCCGCCCAUCUUCUGGCCCGGCGUGGUGCAGGGCUCGCCCUGGAGGGACCCGCGCCUGGCCGGCCCGGCCCAGGCCGGCGGGGUCCUGGACAAGGACGGCAAGAAGAAGCACUCACGGCCGACCUUCUCCGGCCAGCAGAUUUUCGCGCUGGAGAAGACCUUCGAACAGACCAAGUACCUGGCCGGCCCUGAGCGCGCGCGCCUCGCCUACUCCCUGGGCAUGACCGAGAGCCAGGUCAAGGUGUGGUUCCAGAACCGCCGGACCAAGUGGCGCAAGCGGCACGCGGCUGAGAUGGCGUCGGCCAAGAAGAAGCAGGACUCCGACGCCGAGAAGCUGAAGGUGGGCGGCUCGGACGCGGAGGACGACGACGAGUACAACCGGCCUCUGGACCCCAACUCGGACGACGAGAAGAUCACGCGGCUGCUCAAGAAGCACAAACCCGCGAACUUGGCGCUGGUCAGCCCGUGCGGCGGCGGCGCGGGGGACGCCUUGUGA